AUGAAUUCUUACGGUAUAACAACGAAACAUUUACUUCGUUCAUCAUUAAUUUGUCGUAUAUGUGGUGAUGUAGCACGAGGUAUGAAUUUUGAUGUUAUGACUUGUAUGGCUUGUAAAGCUUUUUUCCGACGAAAUGCAUUACGACCAUUAGAUACGCCGCGAUGUACACGAAAAUCUAAUUGUGAAAUAACAAUAAAAACACGAACAAAGUGUCCAGAUUGUCGUUUAAAAAAAUGUUUUGAAUUAGGUAUGAAAGCACAAUUGAUCCGUUCUUUUACUCGACAUCAAACUGUUUAUUAUGAUAUUCGACAAUCAAUGACAACCCAGAAAAAAUAUAUUCAAUUACCAACGCCUGAGCCACUUGAUUUGUUUCCAAAUAAUCAUUCUACACACGUAACUGAACAAUGGAAUCUUAUUUCAAAUUUUAUUCAUAUCUAUGAUGAGCAUAAUAUUAUUAAUAAUAUUAAAUGUUUACUUACUGAAGAAUCGUCUUUAUCAGCAAUACUACCUGUAAAACAUUAUUUUCAUUGA